GCCGUUCCAGGAUAACAGAGCCACCCACCGUGUUCUGCUGAGCUCUGUUCUCUCCAGCACCUUCCAGCCCGCCAGUGCCCCGCACUCUUGCUCCAUCAGGAACAAGCCACCAUGUCUCGCCAGUCCAGCGUGUCCUUCCGCAGCGGGGGCAGCCGCUCCUUCAGCACAGCCUCCGCCAUCACCCCAUCUGUCUCUCGCACCAGUUUCAGCUCUGUGUCUCGGUCCGGGGGUGGCGUUGGUGGCAGGGUCAGCCUUGGGGUUGCUGGUGGAGCGGGUGGCUAUGGCAGCCGGAGCCUCUACAAUCUGGGGGGCACCAAGAGGAUUUCCAUCAGUGCUAGUGGCGGCGGCUUCAGGAACAGAUUUGGUGGCGGUGCUGGAAGCGGCUUCGGCUUUGGAGGCGGAGCCGGCAGUGGAUUUGGUUUUGGCGGUGGAGCUGGUGGUGGUUUUGGGCUCGGUGGCGGAGCUGGCUUCGGUGGUGGCUAUGGGGGCGCUGGCUUCCCCGUGUGCCCCCCUGGCGGCAUCCAAGAGGUCACGGUCAACCAGAGUCUCCUCACUCCUCUGAACCUGCAAAUCGACCCCACCAUCCAGCGGGUGAGGACCGAGGAGCGUGAGCAGAUCAAGACCCUCAACAACAAGUUCGCCUCCUUCAUCGACAAGGUGCGGUUUCUGGAACAGCAGAACAAGGUUCUGGACACCAAGUGGACCCUGCUCCAGGAGCAGGGCACCAGGACCGUUAAGCAGAGCUUGGAUCCUCUGUUUGAGCAGUACAUCAACAACCUCAGGAGACAGCUAGACUCCAUCGUUGGGGAGAGAGGCCGCCUGGACUCAGAGCUGAGGAAUAUGCAGGACCUGGUAGAGGACUUCAAGAACAAGUAUGAAGAUGAAAUCAAUAAGCGUACCACUGCUGAGAAUGAGUUUGUGAUGCUGAAGAAGGAUGUAGAUGCUGCCUACAUGAGCAAGGUGGAGUUAGAGGCCAAGGUUGAUGCACUUAUGGAUGAGAUCAACUUCAUGAAGAUGUUCUUUGAUGCGGAGCUGUCCCAGAUGCAGACACAUGUCUCCGACACCUCUGUGGUCCUGUCCAUGGACAACAACCGCAACCUGGACCUGGACAGCAUCAUCGCUGAGGUCAAGGCCCAGUAUGAGGACAUCGCCAAUCGCAGCCGGACUGAAGCUGAGUCCUGGUACCAGACCAAGUAUGAGGAGCUGCAGCAGACAGCUGGCCGACAUGGUGACGACCUCCGCAACACCAAGCAUGAGAUCUCUGAGAUGAACCGCAUGAUCCAGAGGCUGCGAGCUGAGAUCGACAAUGUCAAGAAGCAGUGCGCCAACCUGCAGGCCGCCAUCGCUGAUGCCGAGCAGCGUGGGGAGCUGGCCCUCAAGGAUGCCAGGAACAAGCUGGCAGAGCUGGAGGAUGCCUUGCAGAAGGCCAAGCAGGACAUGGCCCGGCUGCUGCGCGAGUACCAGGAGCUCAUGAACACCAAGCUGGCGCUGGAUGUGGAGAUCGCCACCUACCGCAAGUUGCUGGAGGGCGAAGAGUGCAGACUGAGUGGAGAAGGAGUUGGACCAGUCAACAUCUCGGUUGUCACAAACAGCAUGUCCUCUGGCUAUGGCGGUGGAAGUGGCUUUGGCGGUGGAAGUGGUUUUGGCGGCAGCCUCAGUGGAGGCCUUGGCAGUGGUCUUGGUGGAGGUGGCAGCAGUAGCUACUACUCCAGCAGCAGUGGAGGUGUCGGCCUCGGCAGUGGGCUUAGUGUGGGAGGCUCCGGCUUCAGCUCAAGCAGUGGCCGAGGGGUGGGCGUGGGCUUUGGUAGUGGUGGGGGCAGUGGUUCCAGUGUCAAGUUUGUCUCCACCACCUCUUCCUCCCGGAGGACCUUCAAGAGCUAAAAAGAGCCUGCUGCAAAGCACUGUCCCCUGAGGACAGCCGCCCAGCUCAUGGAGUCACCUCUUGUAGACAGUCUCCCAAUCCAAGUUUUCUCUUUUUCUGGAGAGUAGUCUAGAACAUGCCUACUGCAGAGCCAUAUUCUUUGAUUCCUAGAAGGACCCGAUUCCUUUAUUCUUAUCUCCCACAUCACAAUUCCAUCUUCUGCUUCAAGUCAGUCUUUUGGUCCCCACAGCAUAGCCCCUCGUGAUACAGGAAUCCAAAGUUUUGCAGUCUCUACACCAUCAAAACAGAAUUUGCACCCCAGCACCCACCCAAGUCAUGUCCUGGUUCUGACUACCUCCAGAGCGUGUUCAAUAAAAUGCUUUUAUAAUAUAA